UUCUUGCUGUUAUCUCAAGGUCCUGGUUUGAUAAUGGUUACUCAUGGUGCUGUUAUGAACUUUAUUCAUGCUCUUGUUACCACUGGAAAUCCUGUUCUACUUUUUUUUUUGUUUCACUUACAGCAACAACAACGAAUUCCAACUAUAUUAUUCAGUACAAUGAUAUCAGGUAACAAUACAAACGGGAUCAUACCUCUUGGCGUAUCUGUAGUGUUACAAGGGAACAAAAGAAUUGUCCAAAUAACGUAUGGGAUGGCAUCAUUGAAAAAUUUUGAAGAUACGAUUAGAUCACCGGCAAUAUUAAACAAAGACAUCCUUUUGGAUGGUAAGAUACUUCGAUCGUAUUGACGCAACUGGGAUGGAAAAGGAACAAAGGGUAUUUACGAGGUAUAGACCGAACGUGAUGACUUACAACUGGAAGAUCUAUGGCGCAACAAGCUGGUGGCAAUUAUUGUAGGUACUACUUGAUGGUCUUCUGUGGUUAUUGGACAGAAUGGAAAGGAAAUGAUACCAAACAGGUUUCUUUUUGGUAUGUGAGACUUGUCAAGUCAAUAUACUUUGGUUUAUUAAUUUAGCUUGUGCCUAUAGUUAAUAAAGAAAUAGAAUUUACGUCCAUAAAAUAGGAUGAUGAUGAUGGUUUAUUUACACUUGUUUUUGUAUCCAUAUAUAUAUAUAUAUGACACCAAUAUGCGAAUGGAACCCCAUGUUUGAUUCAUAUUUCGUCUUGAUGAGUCGAAUAAAAUUCUGUUAAUUCAUUU